UACUGCGAGUCGGCUACCAGUACUCCGCAUGAUAAGCCUGCUGGUUCAGUGAUGAGUGUCCCUGCGUGUGUCGUGGCGGUGCUAGUGCUAGUGCUACCGAACGGAGGAGGAGAGCCAUCGCUUUCGCGUCCGGUGAGGGUGAUGGAUGGAUGGACACAGGCAGCCAUUAUAGCUGAUCACGCGUACUAGUAGGCUUUCCCAGCAAUGUUCAUGUACCACGAGGCAUUUAUGGGCAUGCAGUAACUCGAGGGGUUCCCGUACCUCUGCGCUGCAGUUGCUUAACUACCUCUUCUUAUCUAUAGUUCCCAGUUCUUCCAGCAGCGUGGUCCAUCGCACUGUGCUGCCGCCGCACGCAGAGAGAGCUCAUUGUGCAGAUAAGGGGGCUAGGCUACCCAGCAGCACCCACGAAGCCAGUCGAUCGGCGUCGUGGCCUCCCAGAAAGAAAACGCGUUUGCCGGAUCGGAUCUUGGCCGGACGCGGCCGCGGCGGCCAGCCAGCCAGCCAUCCGCAAAAGCCGCCGCGUCCGGGGUGGGCGCCGCCGGCCCUCGGCCGCUCGCGGCGAUCGCCUCGCCUCGCCGCCUCGACUCUUUUGAGCUACCAGCACCAAGCCACGCCGGCCGCCAUGGGGCGCGCGAUGAGGUGGCUCAAGAAGGUGCUCACCGGCAGCAGCAAGAAGGAAGCGUCGGACGGGGUUCGCAAGGCGCGCGAUGCCGCGUGCGCCGGCGCCGGCGGUGGCGGUGACCACGGGCUGGGCCCGCCGGCAUCGGAGAAGAGGCGGUGGAGCUUCGCCAAGCCGAGGAGCAGCGUGUCUGGCUCCGCCCGGAGGCCCUCCGUCGCCGCCGGGGAGCUGUCGCAGGUGCGCCCGUGCAGCUGCGGCCUUGAGCGCGAGGUGGAGGCCGCCGCCGUCAUCCAGAAGGCCUUCAGAGGCUACUUGGCUCGGAAGGCGCUCCGCGCCCUCAAGUCGCUCGUGAAGCUGCAAGCCCUGGUGCGAGGCUACCUCGUGAGGAAGCAGACGGCCAUGACGCUGCGCAGGCUGCAGGCCCUCAUGCGGCUCCAGGCCAACACGGCGGCGUCCCGGAGAUCCACUGAACAAGAGCGUAUCGUUGCGCGGGUGAGGCCACUGGCCGUGCCUGCUGCUGCGGUGCACCGCCGGCGGCUGUCCGACGGCGGGGACGCCGCUGGCGGCUUCGACCGCAGCCCGAGGAUCGUGGAGAUGGACACGUGCGAGCUCCGCUGCCGGUCGUCCCGGAUCACGAGCCGGUCCGCCGGCGGCGACCCGGCGGGCGACUCACCGCUCCUCCUGCGCUGCCACGAGCCGGCGUGGUGUCUCCAGGGGCGAGAGCUCGAGCCCCCGCCUCCGCCUCCGCCUCCGCACCCCAAGACGACGCACAACACGCCCCGCCUCGGCGCGUUCGCGGGCUACCUCGGCUCGCCGGCGAAGCGCGCGGCCGCGUGCCGGGACUCCGGGAGCUGCCCGCGGUACAUGGCGGGCACGGCGUCGUCCGUGGCGCGCGCCCGGUGGCAGAGCGCGCCCAGGCAGCGGCGCGGCGAGCAGCAGCAGCAGGCGCCCGCGGGGGAUGCAGACGGGGCGAGGCCCAGCCCCAGCGUCGGCCGCGGCGGGUCGAGGAUGCACGCGCGGCCGCAGGAGCUGCAGGCGCCGGACAGCUUCAGCCUCAAGAGCUCGGAGGCCAGCCGCGUGGAGGUGGAGGGCUCGGAGCUGAGCGACGAGGUCACCAGGGACUACUACCUGGACCGGCUCUGGUGAUUCCGCCUGGUGUAGAAGAGGAGGAGGCUUAACAUUUCGGUACAUAGUGAAAUGUCAUGACUAAGCUACGACUAAUCUCAACUACCUUGGAGGUCGAGUAUCAGAGUAGGUAUGGUAUCAUAGAGAAGGAAAUAAAUGGUGUUCUACUGCUACCUGUGACCAUUUGAAAAAGAAAAUGGAAAAGAAAACAACUGCCUCACCUA